UUAUAUGCAUUUUCGGAGAAUGAGUUUUGGAACAAACGACGCCCAGUAAGCGAUCUCGUGUGUGGUUUUCAAUUCCGAGAGUGGUUGAUGAAGAUGCGGCUGGUAGUAGGAUCUGGUCGCCGCAGCCCUGCCCUUACCACUCCACCUCUGCUACCACUACUGCUGCUAGCUCUACCUCUUCUCGUCUCUGCACAAAUGCCUGUGUUCCUAGUCUACCCUGACAAUGUGACAGCUCCUCUCGGGUCUAAUGUAUCUCUGGAGUGUGUAACUGACCAGCCAGAGCUGGUGUGGAGAAUUAACGACGUACAACUGUUUGACGAGUCAGCCAUUGAGCCCCUCCAACAGAAUGGGUUCAUACUUGAAGUGGGAGGGCCCGAGGCUGUUCCUGGAGGAACCAGGAUCACCAUCACCAUUCCUGCCACACUCCAUGUCAAUGAAUCAAUUGAGGGCAUUAGCUGUCAGGCUGGACCAACUCAGUUUGACCUGCAGGAUGGAGAGACCAUCACCUUCACUGUCUACGGUCUCCCUCUGGCACCAGGAGAAGUAGAGGUGGUGGGAGAGAGGGUCCACCAGCUGAGAGUGACCUGGACUCCUCCCUUCUCUCUACCAGGAGAACUUAUCUCCUACUCUCUUCUGGUCACUGACGAGGCCACGGGCUUCACCUCCUCACUGGGGCCUCUGAAUGACACCAGCUUCACCCACCAGAUCUCCGAGAGACAGGCACUCGACUGCCACCUCUACUCCUUCUCUGUCUUCUCUCUCAAUGAUGUCGGUCUCUCUCUCAACUCGUCCUCCUCUACUCCUGCCUUACAUCCCUCUGCUCCAGGUCCUCUAGGGGCGGUAACAACUGAAGUCUCUCACGACAGCCAACAGCUUUCUGACUCCAGAGCUGUUCUCAGACUUUUCUUCCAGAGGCCCGAGUCCUGUUUCCCUCUAAACUACACCCUAACCCUCUCUGAGGAAGGAGGACCGCAGGAGGUGAUAGCAGUCCAGCUGACCGUGUCAGAGUCAGAGAUGGUGGCUGAGGCGACUGGUCUGAAGGAGAACUCUCGCUACUCAGCCACGCUGUCUGCCAGCAACCAUUUCCAUUUCUCCAUUGAUGAUCCCAUGACAACAGAGGUCUCAUUUGGUGGGUGGAGUCACUGGUGAGUGUGAUCUGGGUUAUCUGCUUCUCUCUACAGUCACCUCAGGUCUCCAGAGUGUGGCAGUGUUCCACUAUGAGAAUGGGACAGCCAGGAUCACAUGUGUCUUUGCCACCGGCUCUCUCUCCUCUGGCUGUCUGGUGUCUCUGGUUCUAAACAGCUCAACUACCACUACCAUCAAUAUCGACAGGGAAGAGGGAGCGGUCGAGGUGAUUCAUUAUUCCUUAAUUGGAGGAGUUCCCCAGUCAGUGACAGGCAGGGAUCUGGGAGUUGACAAUGCACUAGAGGUUCGUGGUGAGGUCUCUGAUGAUCCAACCCCCACCACUGAUGAGACUGACGCCACCAGUCAUGUUUGUUCUCCAGAAGACCUACUGUUACCUGGUGCUGACUGGGCAGCAAUGCCAGAGUUCACAGC